CCCCGACUCACAACGCCACAGACAACCUCGUCUUGUGUGGAACCAAGGCACGGUCUCCACUCUCAACGACCAGAACGGUCUGCUUCGUUGCCUUCAUCUGUGGAAAUGGAGAAAAAUAGACGACCGCUCGGCUCGGCUGGUUUCGAAUUCACAACUCCGAGGACGUCAUCCACAACAUCCUCUGCCUUUGUUGGCCCGGUCCCAAAAGACUCUCGAAUUAGCACUUUUGAUCUGAAGGACUACAGUAAGCCCGUUACGGUAUUUGUUGGUAAGGCGCAGCAGAAGUUCGUCGUGCAUCAAUCGCUGCUCACAGGGCGAUCGCCGUUCUUCGACAAAGCUCUGAAUGGCAGGUGGGCGGAGGCAGACGAGCGAGCCGUCAAACUUCAUGAAGAUGAGCCGACAGUUUUCGCCGUUUACGUCCACCUACUCUACACAGACAAGAUCGCAGUCUCACCAACUCUUUUCGGUACCACAACUGGAGACGUUGAUGGUGAGCGGAAGAUUCUGGCCAAACUUUACAUUCUAGCCGAGAAAGUGCAGGAUGUGGAAACAAAAAACAAGACUAUGGCAGCCUUGAUGGGUACCCUUCGAGACCAGGUCGGCGGAAAGCGAGUGUCACUCAGCUUGCGGUUUGUUCAAACGAUCUACAAUGGUACACCAAACGGUUCAAUGGCCCGCAAGUUGAUUGUCGACAGCUUCGUCGAACAGGGUACGGGAACUCCAUUCAGGCUUGGUGGAAGGAUGGAAGAUGCUGUUUGGCCUGUGGAAUUUAUGCAAGAGCUUUUAGCGGAGGUUCUUGACAGGCGAGCAACUCUGAAAGACACUUUCACUACCGGAGAUCGGGAAGUCUCGUCGUAUAUGGAGCAGAAGGGAAACCUGAAGCUAUGAUAGGGGAUUAUCGGUGUCAGAAGCUCAAUAUUAGUACUGAAGAUGUUGUUAGGACGGGCGAUUCGAAGCACAUGGUGGGCGAUGAUAUGUUACGCAUUAAGCUAAGUGGUUAUGUGCAAAGCAAAUAAUUCAA